GAGUGUAUCCGAUUGAGAAGAUGGCUGCGCCCAAGCCAAACGUGUUUGUCGGAUCUGAAACAGGGCUUUUGAAGGGAAUUGCUGUUGCUAAAGGCACAUGGAAGAAUUUAAACCAUAUUGAAACGCCUGAUAAAUCAAACGAAAUCACAUGUCUUUGCUGGAAUGAGGAAUCAGAGUCAGGUCUGACUAUUGGUAUGAAAAGUAGUCAAGUCGCAACCUUUGAUGUUCGAAACCAGGUUUUAUCCGAAUUUACAUCGCUUGCAAAAGGAAAAGGGGUUCAUCUGAAAGCUGUUGCUAAGUUUGAAAAUUUUUUGAUAACAGGAUUUGACUCUGGCCAUGUUUCAGUUCACUCUGAUAGUGACAUUGUCCAGGAAAUUACGACUGGCUCUCAUCUUCAGUGCCUGACAAUGAACAAUAAUGUUUUGGGAACAGGUGGAAAAGAAGCUGAUUUAAAGAUAUAUGACAUCAAUACUUUAGACACAGGAACACCAAUAUUUCAAGCAAAAAAUGUGCGAAAUGAUUGGCUCAACCUCAGAGUACCAGUUUGGGUUACAGGCAUAAACUUCUUGGGAGAAAACAAGAUAGUAACUUCAACAGGUCACCACCAAGUUAGAGUCUAUGAUACAAAUGUACAACGCAGACCUGUACUGGAUAUGACAUUUGACGAGUAUCCUAUAACAGCAAUGUCUCCUUGUUCAGAUUUCCAAGUCAUUGUUGGCAACACUCAAGGAAGUAUGGGACUACUGGAUAUCCGAAAAGGAAAACUUGUACACCGCUUUAAAGGUUUUGCUGGUGGUAUUAGAUCUAUACAGUGUCAUUCUUCAUUACCUUUUGUCGCAUCAUGUGGUUUGGACAGAUUUUUCAGAGUCCAUGAUAUAAAUACAAAAGAGUUGGUACAUAAGAUGUAUCUUAAAUCAAGACUGAAUUGUUUACUCAUGUCUAAAUAUGAUUGGUGCAAAGAUAAUGAGGAAAGUGAAGAAAUAUUAGAGAAAGAUUCUGAAAUAGUUAAUAGUGAUAAAGAGGAAAAUGAUGAUGAUGACAAUGUGUGGGAACAGAUGGAAAUUGUGAAAACAAGGACUUUGAAAAGGAAGCAACUUGAUGCAAGUGAAGAAGUAAUUGAAAUAAAGAAAUCAUCAGGAAAGAAAACAAAAACAAGAAAGAAGCUUAAAAGGAAAUAAAUAUAAUACUGUUUUACAGUGUUUGGCAUGAUAAUGUAUAAGAUUUAUUUAAUUGACAUUUUAAAGUAAGAUCAAUAAUUGGAAGUCUAAAAUGGGUCUUAAAGCUGGGAAAAGUUCAGAUCUAUUUCAAUGAUUUUUAGUAUUGAACAGGAAUUAAUUAAAUAUUCUGAUGGAUUAAUAUAAUUCACUAAAAGUUGGACAGAAGACAUUAGAUCACUGAUUCAAGCAAAAAAUGAAUACCUAUUAGUUAAUAACAUCGCAUGUUGUAGAAGAGAAUUAAAAAAGAUAUGACCAAUAUUUAUCUUGUGUGUAUUUACCAUAGUUAUUACCAGGCAGUACUAUAUACAAACUUCUGUGCGAAAAGCGUCACUAUGGGACCAGAAUAGCUGACACAUCCAUGUAGUCUGAUUAGUAUCCAAACUGCUUAUCAUUUGCAUACAAGUGUUGAAAUUAAUAAAUACAGUAGAAACUCUGAAAACCGGACCCUGUCCGGACCAAGUCAAAAAUCUGGUUUUCAGAGGAUUCUGGUUUUCAGAGGAUUUUGCAUAAUAUAUCUGAGAGGAUUUAUAUAUGUAUAUUCUUAUUCCUUUCAUCUGACUGUAUCAUGUUCAGUGUCUUUUAGGUUUUUAUCUUUUCCCAAAUCUGCAUUGUAUGUCUCUUUUACAUAUUAAAACUGAAUUAUUUCUGACAGAAAAAACAUCACUUAAAAUGAUACUUUAUGAUGAGAAAAAAUGUUUCACUUAAAUAGUCCAGCUCCUAUAAAUCAUGAAUAAUGCAUCAUGUGACUAUCAAUAUUUAAUAAUUAAUGCCAAAACCAAUAAUAAUUAAUAAGAAUAAGAAUCUUUUUCAUAUUAAAAAAACUGCAAUUUUAUGAAAAAAUCACCUGUACACUAGUAGAUCAAUUAACUUCUCCCUGUUUGAUUCAAAUGUUUUGCACUUUAUAAGCUUAUCUUUUAUACAUAAAAAUCCUCCGAAUGCUGAACUGUUUUUCACGGCCAAAAAGGAUAAUUACACAUAAAAAUCCUCCGAAAACCGGACUGUUUUUCAUGGCCAAAAAGGAUAAUUAUACAUAAAAAUCCUCUAUACAAAAUAUCAACACACAGAUAAAUGUUUUUAACACCUACUUAGGUAACAUUUGUGAUUGUUAGUUGGUAAACAAAAAAAAUGUCACCUGCUUGAGAUUGAUAUUUUUAAAAUCAAUUCAAAGUGAUAAUACACAUAAGUUGUAGUUGUCCGGUUUUCAGAGGAUUCCGGGUUUUGGAGGGUCCGGUUUUCAGAGGAUCUUUACUGUAAAUGGUAUGAAUGAGGGGAUAAACGGACAGUAUGGAUGUGCGUUGAUCUGGAUCCUUGCUGGUCGCUUAGCCCUAACAUUGGUUUUUGCAAUCAGUACUCGUAUUAUCGUCAUUUAAAUAAAAGGAUAGCCCUAAAAAUUGUUUGUUUGCAAUAUCUUGUUCAUCCUAUGAUAUCAAAAAUUUAUUUAACUCUUAUAAAGGUCUAAAAUAUAGUGCAAAUGAAUUUGCAUCUUAGUCAAACCAGCUCAAUAUUGAUUAUAAUAUCAAAGUAAGAGAACAAUUUUGUUGUUGAUAAUAAAUUUUGAUGAAAAAGUUUAAAUGUCCUGUUUUGAACAUCAUUUUAAAUGCUCUUUUUGUGGAAUGCUUUAUGUUUGAUAUAGGUGAUAAAAAACUGAUAUUUUAUUAAUAGAGAAGUUACAGAAUUACUUGCAUAAAAUGAUACAUGCACAUUAAAAAACAGUCAAAGUUCUUA